AACAUUCCGGAAGUGAAGGGUCAACCAUGAAAGAGGAAAACAAUCAUACAGGAAAGUCAAUCAAGUGGAACCAUGACUAUUUGAACAUAUCGCUGGCGCAUAUCCAGCUUCAUUUGGAAUUGUAGCUCAGUCAUUUAUUUCCAGUGUUCACGACUUAGUGCAAGGACAUUGCACCCAAAAUGAACAAAGUUGCAGUUCCUCCUAACUCCUCUUACAGAGACACAUCUCCAUCCAAACUACCUCACUACACACCAGUCGGGAUGAGUCAGAAACCUCUCAACAAACAGCCUUCGAAGCUGGAAAUGCUGCAAGCAGACUUCCAGUCCAAAUUACUCCGUGAAAAAGAAGAGAAAAUGAUUAGGAUGUAUGAAGAUCAACAGAAACGGGCAUUGUCUAAAGUUGGUCAACGCCAGAACAGUGGAAAUAGUUCAACAGGGAGUCCGUCUGCUCGGCAGUUCUUUCAGCAGAGACGUCAGAUGGAACAACAGGGGUAUAACUCCCCUCCUAUUGAGGAACACUAUCGUAUGAUGAGGAGAGGGUACUCGUCAGGGGGUCACAGCAGUGCUAGUAGUCAUGCAUCAAACUCUUCAUCAAGAUACGGCAAAAAUAGUGCCGGGAAGGACCGAGCUCACUUGUUACAGCCCCUUGACAAGAGAACACCACCAGUGCCAACCAAAGCAAGAAUUGCCAGACAAAGGCCUAAUAAUACAGGAAAUGCACAUAAUAAUGCAAACACGAUGCACUCUCCUAAUGGACAGUAUGAAGUGCGACAAGACAAUAGUAGAACUAGUAGCAAUGACAGUAGCCCACCUCCGAAUUUACAGAAUUUACGAAAUUUUCAACGAAAACGGUUAGGUGCUCCACCUCCAAAGAGGAAUGAAAAUGAAGGUACUCAAAAACUGACAGACUUUCAACGCUGGCAGAUGGAGCAGAACAAGGCCAGAGAGCAGAGGCUAGACAGAUAUAGUCAGCCUGUGGGCGGGCGCAGCCCCCAGGGGGGCCCGUGGGGGGAGGGGGACAGCACGGACGGAGACAAGGAGAACCAGGAUGUGCAGGAUGACCUGGAGGAGAAGCAGCGUGAGAUCAUGGAGGAGAUCGAGAGACAUAAACAGGAGUUGGAAACCAUGAGGAUGAAGAAGGAGAGGGAGGAAGAAGAGGCGAGGAGGGAAGCAGAGCUGGAGAGGAAGAUGGAGGCAGAGAGAGAAAGGAGGCACAACAGGCAAAUGGAGGAAGAGAGGAAGAAGAGGAUGCAAGAAGAAGAAAGAGAAAGGAAGGAAGAUGAAAGACUUCAAAGAGAGGAAGAGAAAAUGAGAAGAAAUGCAGAGAACAAGCGUAGGCAACAGCAACAGCGUCAGCGGCGAGCUCCACCACCUAAAGAACGUACACCAUCGCCCGAGGAUGACUACCGGGUUCCAGACAACAAUGUAGACUUCUAUGCUCAGGCUGCUGCUGACAGUGAGGCCCAGGGAGAACACGUACAUCUUCUUCCCUGUAAGAUGUGUGGGAGGAAGUUUGCUGCCGACAGGCUUGGUAAACAUCAGGCUGCCUGCAAGAAGGCCAACAAGAAGAGGAAAACAUUUGAUCCCGCGAAGAUGAGGACAGAAGGAACUGAGAUGGCCAAGUAUGUCGGGAACACCAAGACACCAAGGAAACAACCAAAAAAGAAAGACUGGCGUGCUCAGCAUGAGAGUUUCAUAGAGACAAUCCGCUACGCCAAGAAGGUCAGUGAGAUGGAAGCACAAGGCGUGAAACCACAGAACCUGCCCCCACCCCCUAGAACUGUUAACCCAGACUAUGUGCGUUGUCCAACGUGCAAUCGCAACUUUAACCCCAACACAGCUGAGAAGCAUAUUCCCAACUGCCGAGCAAGACCGCGUCGAUAAGUCUGAUCCUUCUCUAAUCAGCCGCAUGUGCAAGUGACUUUGUGUAUAUGGGAUAGUCAAAUUUCAAAGAUGUAUAUUUAUUUGCAUGUAGAGUGCCGAGACCGUUGUUUCCUGAGUGCCAGUAAUAAAUUCUGUGAUAACGUCAAGAUUGUGUAAAUUUGUACAAAUUACAUAUAAAUAUGUUUUUUAUGCCCUAGAUGUAUUAAAUUACAAUAGAAUUUCCUUUUGGUUUCAUUUCAUCUGUGAAGAGCUACAGAUAAGCUGCGUAUUUGUGUAAAAUACCCCCCAAAACUAUUCAAAACCCAAUUACUUUCAAUUACCUUGCAUACAGAAACGCAUGCAUUAAAUGGAAAUUGUUUGAAAAACAGCACGCGUAAAUACCCAAUGAAGUUUUUUCAGCAUGCGUACAACGGAUUUAAUUUCCGAUACACAAUUACAAGCUAAUUUACUUUUGGAGUCAAGUCUAUAUUUAGGACCAUUAUAUACAUCUAAAACGUUAUUUCACUUUUUUAAAAUAUCAAAAUGCUUACUCAUUUGUGAAAAAACCAAUAGAGUGAUGAAUAGAUGAGAAAUAAUAUUUGUUGCCCAAUGAAAAAUGUAAUAACCCAAUUGAAUUAGAAACCUUCGAGUAAAGACUCAAUUGCUCAAAAAGUUAUCUGUAGCUUUGAUAAGUGCAACUUAAAAAACCCAUCUAAUGCACUUUAUAAUAUAAUACACAUAAAAAAUAGUAUUAUGGUGUUGUCAAUAAGUUUUUCCAAAUAUUUUUCUGUGAAAUGGUAGAUUCACUUAAUUUAAGAACCCAAACUGCUGUGAAUGUAUAGCAAUUUAUAUUACACUAGACUAUGUUCCAAAAUCAAUGUUUAAUUAGAAAUACCAAUACCAUACCAAAACCAUUCAACUAGAGCAGUUUUGUAGUCACUAUCAUCCUAUCCAA